AUGGAACACAUCCCAUUCGAUCUCGUUAUUGAGAUACUCUUGAAACUGCCGGCAAAGUCUAUAGCGAGAUUUAGCUGCGUAUCGAAGCUAUGGGGUUCCACAUUCCGCACUCCAGAUUUCACUGAAUCCUUCUUCACCAUAUCUUCUUCGUCUCACCCGAAGAUUUUGAUCACUUGUAAAUUAGACCACAAAACGUUCUUCUUCUCAUCGCCACAGCCUCAAAACCUGUCGUGUCCUACUACUAUAACCGCCAAUUUUCAUUCGAGCUUCCCAAUGAAUUGUCCCUCCGACAAUUGUUGUCCUGUUCGGGGCUUGGUAUACGGUAAUACUCAAUGGAUUCUUGAUGCAACGGAUGGUCCUGUGCAAUUGAUAUGUAACCCUAGCACAGGACAGUUCUUAACCUUACCUAAAGUGAAAACGAGUUUUCGUGUAGAGAAAAGCUGUUUAGGGUAUGAUCCAAUUGACAAACAACUCAAAGUAUUGUGCAUGGCUUACCCCUCUUCCCAUCAUAUUCUAACAUUAGGAACUGGGAAAAGUUUGUCAUGGAGAAUGAUCAAAUGUGAUAUACCACAUUAUGGUGCUGGUGUUGGUCCUAGUGAUUACGGUCAUGUAUAUGAUGGGAUAUGCAUCAACGGUGUGUUGUAUUAUUUAGCUGUUCUCUCUGAGUGCUUUUUAAGGUUUCGUGACAUAGUUUGCUUUGAUGUUAGAUCUGAGAAGUUCUCUUAUAUCGAGAGAGCUAAAGACAUGGAAGGAAAGCUUGAAUCAACUGAUGGGGAACUUGUUGAAUCAGUUCUGGUCAACUACAAGGGUAAAUUAGCUAUGCUUCAGCGCAACUAUUCUAGUAAAGAUUUAUAUACCGGUAUCAAAAUGUGGGUUCUAGAAGACGCCGACAAGCAUCAAUGGUCGAGGCAUACCUACAUUUUGCCUUCUCCUUGGUUGUAUUCAUUUGCAUGGACUAAGAUACGCAUUGCUGGAAUGACUAACAGGGGUGAAAUUGUGUUCUCGCCCGCCUAUGAUUACGAUUCUUUUUUCAUUGUCUUGUACGAUCCCGAAAGGAACACUAUCGCUAGAGUUGAAAUCCAAGGAAUGGAAGCUUACAAGAAGGGUGAAGCUUACGUCUUUUUAGACCAUGGAGAGGAUCUGAAUCUUAUGGCAAGUAUUAAGGACCCUGGGCUCUAG